AUGGCUUUCGGCUUUCAAGCCCUGGCGGCAAGAUCACAGCCCUCUGCAGGUUCUGAUGUGAGCAGGAAGGCGAUCGCUCGAUUAAGAAUGGCAUUAAGCCCUCAUGAUGCCGUGCAGCGAUCGCCCGACACACUCCUGAAGAUGCAGAUCCGCACCCCCGACUGGACCGACUAUGCGCUACCCAAAGUCGGCAAGGAUACCGAUUGGCUGCUCAUCCAAUGUCAACAUGCCAACACUCUCAGCUCAGCGGUCAAUACGCUCUACAGUUCAAGGGCUCUUUGCCAAACUGUGGCCGAGCGAGAACGAAAUCUGAUGCAGGCACAUAUGGUCCUCGAGAGCUGGAGAACAGGUCUUCCAAUACAUCUGCAGAAUAUCCAUCGGCACGAAACGGGGUAUGUCACCCUCGACGACCAGAAGACGCGCCAUUUGACCUUGACCAUGGUUCGCAAGUAUCAUGAGGCCAUAUUUAUCAUUUUCUUUCCAUGGACCGGAAGCCAGUCCAGACUAAUCUCCGAACACUAUCGCAAGAGGAGAAAUCAGCCCAAGCCGUGUUAG